ACUUCAUACUGUGUUUCUAUAAAGCAUGAAUGAAUCGUGUUGUAUUAUGGAAAAUAACCAAAGUAAUAACAAACAAAAACUGGAAAACAAGUUGGGCAGACAAUCCAAAAGAGUCAUAUCACUCUACCAAAUAGACCAAGGAUUGAAAAGAGCAGAAAACUAUAGAUUGCAACAGUAUUUGAAUCAAAGUGAGAGGUUAAGGAGACAAGUACAGAAAGUACGAGAUGCUGCUGAAAGUAGGAAGGAAGAAAUGAAACAAGCAAAAUUAAAAAAGCAAGAAAUGUUAAACACAACUCUUUCAGAGGCUCAACUUCGGAGAAACCAGUAUUUGGAGACAGCAAGGCAGAAUGCAAGAGAACACUUUAAGAAAGUAAGAAUAGUAGCAAACACAAAUCAUGUUUCCAAAAGAAUGCUUUUAUGGAAACAAAAUGCACAAUUCCAAACUCAAUUAUGGAAUGCUGAAUGGAGGCGAUCUCGUGCAUUGGCUUUAAAAGUACGCAAUGCUUGUUUGUCACCUGGUGCCAAAUAUUAUGAUUCUCAAAACGAAAACUUCAAAAAUGAGACAAACAGCUAUAAUAUCGAAGAAAAGAACGAGGCGGCAGCUUUGAUACAGUUUUUUUGGAGACUAAGCUUUAUCGAGAGAGUCUUUUCUAAACUUCAUCUUUCCUGGGAGUGUUGUGUAGAAGAAGGUUUUGAUGCCACCAAAAAUAAAAUUCUAGACGAAGAAGCACAAAAAGCUGCAGCUAGUGUCGUUCAUUUGUUCUAUCCGAGAUCUCGUGCUAUGAUGGGAAGCGAAUUGAGGAGACUGUCAAGGCUCUUUCUGACAAGCUUUGUUAUUGCUGCACAUCCACAGCAUGUUUUGGAACAUCCGGACAGAGGUUUAGAACAAGCUGUCGUCGAUGCAGCACGUCGUUUGUUGGGGUAUUUAAUGGACCCUCAACUGAGCGCUGUAACGUCUGCUGUCAAAGCUCGAAGCAUUUGGACGAGAUAUAGAGUACUUUAUGAAGAAUGGGAACGCUCGGAUAGAGAGAGACUCAUAGAUGGAAUCAUGAAGGACUAUAUUGAAUUGGAAACUAUGAAGCUCAAGGUAGAUAACAACGUGAGUACCAAACAAGCCUUCAAUCGGCAACGUAGAUUGAGUCCAAAUGUUGCUCCUUGGAACGGAAAGGAACCUCAGACUAUCGGGGCCAUCUGGUUACCUCAGAUAAGGAAACGUCAGUCCAGAUUGAGAGCUGCACUUUUCCGAGUUGGUGGUCAUGAUGCCUUGAAUCAUCUUCAAAGCAACAUACAAGACAUUCGUGAAAGUUUUGAAGUUAGGACAAUUGUUGAUGAACCCACGCAAAAGGUUGUUCAUGAGGAUCACUUGAGUAUAGUCUCGAAAGAUGAAUAUGAAUAUGCACAACAUGGCAUGAAUGAAAUUUUUGCUCACGAAAUUAUGAUCAAUGUGGAAGAAUUUAUAAAGGAAUUGGAAUCUUCUGAGCAGUAUAAUGCAAUUUUGACUUUGGCAAGAAGAGCUUUUCGAGAGAAGCUAUACCAAGCUUUCUGUGGUAACGAUCAAGGCGAAGAUUCAGCAAAUGAACAGUUAUUGAGGCUGAUAGAAGAAGUGCGUGAUAAACUUUUUGCAAUAUUACCGCCAAAUAUUUGUGCUGCAACUGAUGAUUAUAGACAAAGGCUUGAAGGUCAUUUAGAUAUGAAGAUUCUUCGAAACCAAAUAGAUCAUUAUGCUUUUAAGGCCGAUGAUGCUGUAUAUUUAUUGAGACUUUUUACUGAAACGCUUCGCAGUAUUGAGGCUGUUGAAAGAGAUGAAGAGCUUCAGUCUUGGGAAGACUCAUGGUUUUCUGAAAUUGCAAACUUUGAUUGUAGUUUACAAGUGCACAAAAGGAAGCUUUUGUCUAUUGUUGCCAACAGACUUUGUGAUAUUUUGGAUCGUUUGGAUAUUAUUGAAAAGGAUAUCGUCAUAUCCAAGAUUCGCAUUUUGGAGCCUAUUUUGAGAUGUCAUGGUCCUCAAUGGGAAGACAAUCGUUUUCAGCAGAAAGUUUUCAGAGGCAUUUUUGAAAAGGACUUGCCACAAACUAGUUUAUGGCUCACCAAGGCAAUGAAAAAAUUGAAACAAGUGUACACAACCUUUGACUGUAUGCGUCUUGUUCAAGGUGAAGGAGACUGGACGAAACGAUUUCUUCGUGCAUCGUUCAUUUAUCUUAUUGAUGAAAAGGAAGAACAAUUUAUUGUUCCUGAAGUGUUGAAACUAGAUGAAAGGAGAUUGCAAAAGUUGAGAGAAAAUUUAUCUAAGAAUAUAUACAUCACUUGUCUCGAUUUAAUUGUUCGUCGGUUUGUAAAGCAAAAGAAUAUGGAAUGGGACUGUGAGAUAGAAGAAAGCUGGAGAGACUUGGUUGUCUAUUGGAAGGAUAGAAAAUGGGUUAUUCUUCAAUCAGAUUUGGACAAAGAGUUGAUAUUCUUUAUGGAGAAAAUCUUGGCUCGUCAUUCCACGGUGAUUUUUUCACAACAAGACAAGACCUUUUUAUCUUCUUUAUGGAAAAGAGUAAUAUAUGAUAGUGAACCCAUCUCUUCACUAUUGAGACGGAGAAUCAGUGACUUUUUGUAUCGCAAUUUUCUUUUCCAUGUUUCUUCUUUCACAUAUCCUCGCAAGCAAUUGCAAUCUUUAGGCUUUGGAUAUGUCGUCGAUGAUAUGAUAGAUAUAUUGGAAGUGUUGAAAAGGACAACUGAUUUGAUGUUGGCCGUUCAUUUUCAUCGUUUGAAACCCGUUGUUUUGAGAAUUGCAAAAGUAGUUGUAAAUGAAAGUAAGUGAUCAAUGUUAUAUGCAUCCAUUUUG